AUGUUUGUUGGCCAAAUUCCUCGCUCCUGGGGUGAAGACGAAUGCCGUGAGCUGCUAGAACAGUUUGGCUCUGUAUACCAGUUGAACGUUUUACGGGAUAAAGCAACGCAGGCUAGCCGUGGUUGCUGUUUCGUAACGUUUUAUAAACGUGCGGACGCCAUUGCAGCUCAGGCAGCACUUCAUAAUAUUCGAGUGCUACCAGGAAUGCAUCAUCCUGUACAAAUGAAGCCCGCAGAUAGUGAGAACAGAAAUGAAAGAAAGCUUUUUGUUGGCAUGCUUAAUAAGAAGUUAACUGAAGAUGACGUGCGAGGAAUGUUCAAAGAGUUUGGUCAUAUAGAAGACUGCACCGUCCUUAAAGACGCUGAAGGCAAGAGUCGUGGCUGUGCUUUUGUGACGUUUGUGAAUCGUUCGUGUGCUCAGCAAGCCAUCAAGCAGAUGCACCACACACAGACUAUGGAGGGCUGCUCAACACCGAUAGUUGUAAAAUUUGCUGACACCCAGAAAGAAAAAGAUGCAAAAAAGUGUGGGACACCUACUUCUCCUUCCCUACAAACACCAACAACUCUUACAAAUUCUUUGCAACAGCUGCUUCAAACCGCGCAACCGUGCUUGAACAUUGGAAACCCAGCAUCGUCUAUUGCGGCAAUUGCGGCUCUUCUUCAGGGUGCAGCUCAGCAGAAUGCUGCCUUUAGUCUUUUAGGAAAUGUACUGUCUGGUCUUGGCCGACUUAACGAAAAAACGAAUACUGCUACAGAGCCAAACACUUUGGCUAGCACAUCGUUAGCUAAUCAACAAGUCAUAAAUUCUUUGUCGUCUCAAGCAUCUACAUGCUUUGUGAAUUCAGAUCCUUCAGCUACUUCUCCGUCUGAGACGAAAAACAACUUGCUGCUUAACAAUACAGGGAGCAAUUUGAUCCAGCUUACUGGUACAGCUACAUCACCAUCUGGCAUUGAAGCUCUACAACAAGCAUAUGCAGGGAUGCAACAGUAUGCGGCUGCAUUCCCUCAGUUAGCAGCUGCCGCAGCUCAGCCGAUACUCGUGAAUGGUACCACUACAGUUUCUUCUACGUCGUCUUCGGCUGGUGGAGGGCAGUCUAAAGGGCCUGACGGCUGCAAUCUUUUUAUUUACCACUUGCCACAAGAUUUUACGGACAACGACUUAGUUACUACUUUCUCUCCCUUCGGAACAAUAUUGUCAGCAAAAGUUUUUAUUGACAAACAAACGAACCUGAGUAAAUGUUUUGGUUUUGUAAGUUAUGACAAUGCACUUUCCGCGCAGAAUGCUAUAUCUGCUCUUAAUGGCUUCCAAAUUGGUUCUAAACGUUUGAAAGUGCAGCUGAAGCGUGGAAAAGACAGCAAACCUUAUUUACAAAAUGGCACCUCAGUUUCUUCAAACGCUACGGCACUGUCUACUUAA